GGGCACUUGAUGGGAAUCAUGGCAGCCUCCCGGCCACUGUCCCGCUUCUGGGAGUGGGGAAAGAACAUCGUCUGCGUGGGGAGGAACUACGCGGACCACGUCAGGGAGAUGCGCAGCGCGGUGUUGAGCGAGCCCGUGCUGUUCCUGAAGCCGUCCACGGCCUACGCGCCCGAGGGCUCGCCCAUCCUCAUGCCCGCGUACACUCGCAACCUGCACCACGAGCUGGAGCUGGGCGUGGUGAUGGGCAAACGCUGCCGCGCGGUCCCCGAGGCCGCGGCCAUGGACUACGUGGGCGGUUAUGCCCUGUGCCUAGAUAUGACCGCCCGGGACGUGCAGGACGAGUGCAAGAAGAAGGGGCUGCCCUGGACUCUGGCCAAGAGCUUCACGGCGUCCUGCCCGGUCAGCGCGUUUGUGCCCAAGGAGAAGAUCCCUGACCCUCACAAGCUGAAGCUCUGGCUCAAGGUCAACGGCGAACUCAGACAGGAGGGUGAGACAGCCUCCAUGAUUUUUUCCAUCCCCUACAUCAUCAGCUAUGUUUCUAAGAUCAUAACCUUGGAAGAAGGAGAUAUUAUCUUGACUGGGACGCCAAAGGGAGUUGGACCGGUUAAAGAAAACGAUGAGAUCGAGGCUGGCAUACACGGGCUGGUCAGUAUGAGAUUUAAGGUGGAAAAGCCAGAAUAUUGAGUUAUUUCUUUACAAGUUUCGGGAGAGAAGGGAAAAAGACAAGAGCAAGCAACGGCUAUUAAAUGUCACAAUCCUUUAAUAAGAAACCAUUUAUUGGCUGGGCGUGGUGGCUCACGCCUGUAA